AUGCAAGGAUGGCGUGCUACAAUGGAAGAUGCUCAUGCGGCAGUUACUGAUUUGGAUGCUUCCACCUCAUUUUUUGGUGUUUAUGAUGGUCACGGGGGUAAGGUGGUUGCCAAAUUCUGUGCUAAAUAUCUUCAUCAACAAGUUCUCAAGCACGAAGCAUAUUUGUCCGGCGACAUUGGUACUUCCAUUCAGAAAGCUUUUUUCAGAAUGGAUGAGAUGAUGCGUGGCCAAAGAGGAUGGAGGGAGUUGGCCAUCCUAGGAGAUAAAAUAAACAAGUUCACUGGCCUGAUAGAGGGCUUGAUAUGGUCUCCAAGAAGCGGAUACAGAAAUGACCAAGUUGAUGAUUGGGCAUUUGAGGAGGGCCCACAUUCUGAUUUUUCUGGACCUACUUCUGGGAGCACAGCUUGUGUUGCAGUCGUGAGGGGCAACCAACUUGUCGUAGCAAAUGCUGGUGAUUCUCGGUGUGUAAUUUCUAGGAGUGGUCAGGCGUACAACCUUUCGAUAGACCACAAGCCUGAUCUUGAGGUUGAGAGAGAGAGAAUUUUAGAAGCUGGUGGUUUUAUCCGUGCAGGACGUGUUAAUGGCAGUCUCAAUCUUGCAAGAGCUAUUGGUGACACGGAAUUCAAGCAGAACAAGUUUUUGCCUGCUGAAAAGCAAAUUGUAACUGCCAAUCCUGAUGUAAAUAUUGUAGAACUUUGCGAUGAUGAUGAGUUCAUUGUGCUUGCCUGUGAUGGAAUCUGGGAUUGCAUGACAAGCCAGCAGCUAGUAGAUUUUAUUCAGGAGCAGCUGAAAACUGAAACUAAGCUUUCCAAGGUCUGUGAAAAAGUACUCGACCGUUCUCAAAAUCUGACAUCUGACCCUUCUGGUGCAUCUGCACAUGGUAAGUCCUCUGCUCCUCAGGAAGUGCCCGAGUCAAAACCAGCAGAAACUGAAUCAUAA